AUGGUAGCCAUCGAGGAGCACAAAAAGAACAUGGUGUGGCGGCCGUGUGCGAGCAUCGCUGCCUCACCUCCUCAUUCAACCCAUGCCAACCUGACGGGAGAGACAGACCGAGAGAGCCAACGCCGCCAGGGCCAGGGUCAUAGCCCACGACCGGGCCCAGGUGGGUGUGUGAGGGAGUCCGAGGUCAAGGCCAAGUACCUCUGA